AUGGUACCUCUGGCAAUCUUGGUUGGAACACCCAAAGCUUGGAAGAAAGAGGUCUUACCUGGUUCCAUACCAGUGUUACCGGCUGGAAUCCAAACAUCUUUUGGAGCAACGGCACCAGCUCUGGCUGGUGCAGCAACAACAUUAGAAACAACAAUGUCUCUAAUGGAUUUUAAAUCACCGUUGGUGAAAAUGAAACCAACGUUACCUUUGAUGAAUGGCAACAAUUUUUCAAAUUCUGGCAAUUCAGACAAGAAACCUCUGAUGGCUCUUCUGACCAUGGUGUUUUUACCCAUCAAGACGACGGCAUCACCUCUCAAGGCCUUUCUGAUUUCGUGCAUUUGUUGGGAAGAAACAUUAUCGACACCAACGACGAAGAUAGAUUUGUAUUCUUCUAACAAUUCUCUUAAUUUGGAGAAGUAUUGA